AAUGAAACAUCCGAUUACUUCUUAACCCCACGACUGCGAAGCAGUUCCGAAGAGGACGGAACGGUUUGUUCCACAGCUUUUGCACACGCGGGACAUUUUUGUAGUGCACACCGUUGCAGAAUUCGGAACGGUACGUCCCUCAUCCUUUGCUGCUGUCAGGAAGGCGAUAGAGGAUGGACGAGGAACCCGAAAGAACGAAGCGCUGGGAGGGAGGCUAUGAACGGACCUGGGAGGUCUUGAAGGAGGAUGAGUCUGGGUCACUCAAGGCCUCCGUGGAGGACAUUCUCUUCCAAACCAAGAGGAAGAGAGUGUUUGAAAGCCAUGGACAGAUCCGGCUUGGCAUGAUGCGCCACAUGUAUGUGGUGAUUGACAGCUCCAGGACAAUGGAAGACCAGGACCUGAAACCCAGUAGGCUGGCCUGCAUUCUGAAGCUGAUGGAGUAUUUCGUGGAGGAGUACUUUGACCAGAAUCCCAUCAGCCAGAUUGGGAUCAUCACUACAAAGAACAAGAGAGCAGAGAAACUGACUGAUUUGGCUGGGAACCCUAAGAAGCACGUCGCCGCUCUGCGGAAAGCCGUGGACUCCACGUGUGUCGGGGAGCCCUCCCUCUACAACUCCCUCUCCCUGGCAAUGCAGACGCUCAAGCACAUGCCUGGCCACACCAGCAGGGAAAUCCUGGUCAUAUUCAGCAGCCUCACCACCUGCGACCCUUCCAACAUCUAUGAGCUAGUCAAGACUCUGAAGGAGAAGAAGAUCCGCGUUUCGGUGAUCGGGCUGUCGGCGGAGGUGCGGGUGUGCACGGUACUGACACGGGACACGGGCGGGACCUACCACGUGAUCCUGGACGAGACCCACCUGCGCGAGCUGCUCACCUACCACGUCAAGCCCCCUCCCGCCAGCUCCUCCUCCGAGUGCUCCCUCAUACGCAUGGGCUUCCCCCAGCACACCAUGGCUUCCGUGUCGGAUCCGGACUCCAAGCCUUCCUUCAGCAUGGCGCAUUUGGACAGCACAGACAGUCCCGGUUUGACCAUGGGGGGGUACUACUGCCCGCAGUGUCGCGCCAAGUACACUGAGCUGCCCGUGGAAUGCAAAGUCUGCGCGCUGACGCUGGUCUCCGCCCCUCACCUGGCCCGGUCCUUCCAUCACCUCUUCCCUCUGGACGCUUUUAAGGAGAUGGCCCUGGAGGACUACCAGGGGGAGAGAUUUUGCCAAGCUUGUCAAGGGGAACUGAAAGACAAAAGUGUGUUCAUUUGCUCGCUGUGCAACUGCGCGUUCUGCGUGGAGUGUGACAUUUUCAUCCACGAGACCUUGCACUGUUGCCCCUGCUGUAUACACACUCAGAGCGCCCCCUGAGACCUGGAGGACUGACUGCAGAACAGGUCGGUGACCCUCUGGGUCCAGACUGGGCUCACAAAGCUGAAACGGAUCGUCCUUCACAAGGGUUCGACUGAAGAUGGACACCGAGGGAAAUGUGGAUCCUUACAACCAUUGUGAACCUCAAACAGCCGUGGAGGUAGCUGGAUAUGGACAAAUUUAAACGGUCGAUAGUAUUAUAAAUGUGUUUCCUUAAAGGGAACAGUGAGGUUUUAUCACGGAUGCAAGCUUGAAAUGGCAAGCUGAGACUCUUGCAAAGUGAUGCAGUGCACCCCCUGGUGGACAGAUGUUGUCAUUGACUUUCUGAUUAGUGGACCAAAACCUGACACCUGUCAAUAAAUGCUUUUUGUUACAUUUUU